GUUUUAUAGUAAAAAGACAUGAGAGGUUCAAGAACAGCAUCUUCAGACAUGAGUGCUUGGUGUUCUGCUGUUGUGUUGUUGUCAUUAAUACUUUUGUUAUCUGUUCGUGAGAACAACGCUUCUAGCUCGAUCAGAGGGUCUCAAUUCUCAGAGAAACCUUGUGAGGAGAUUUACGUUGUAGGAGAAGGUGAAACGCUUCAUACCAUCGGUGACAAAUGUGGCGACCCGUUUAUUGUUGAGCGAAACCCGCAUAUCCAUGACCCGGAUGAUGUCUUCCCGGGUCUUGUUCUAAGGAUAGCACCUUUUUACUUCUCAAGAAAAGUGUAAGAUACAAAGAGUUAUUUUUGUUUUCCUAUAAAUUUUGUUUGAAGCAUACUUUUUCUUUUGUAAUUAGUAUGUAUUUAUGUAUAUACUAAAAGAAUUCUGAA